AUGUGGAAAGAUAGGUACACAGUAGUCACAACCCAAAAAGACCUGGUCCAACCACUGGUGAUAGCCAAGAGUAGAAUGGAAGAGAAGGGCGGGUACCGAGGAAAGACUGCUCGUUUUCCAGACGGUGGCCAGAAGUGUGCUGAGUACGGAGAGCAUCAGCCAACGUUAGAGACACAGAGGAGCUCCGACAAUCGAUUUGAAACCUCUCGUUGA